AUGGCGACCGCCUCAUGGAAAUUUUUACCUUAUGGAAAACGAUAUCACAUAUUUUUUUUUCAUGGUUCAUCUGAGAGGGAUUGUGAAUGGAUAAGGGAUAUCAUAGAGCAAAUUGAAUCUCAGAGAUAUAUUUGUGGGUGUACUUAUUUUGAUUUUAAAUCACAUUUAUCUUUCUUCGAUAAUAUUGGUUUAGUGGUAAAACAGGCAGUCGUCAUAGCUUUCAUUCUCUCUCAUGAGUCAACAAAAUCGGAAGUCUUUCUUAAUUUAGUGGAUAACGCAGCGAUGUAUAUUUUACGUCAAAAACGAGAGAAGCCAGUACCAAUGAUUCCAGUUCUACUUGAUGAUUGUGAAAUCCCCCAGUGUUUGAUCAGUUAUGAACCUCUUGUUGCCUCAGAUGAAAGAAACCACUGGUGGCCAAAAUUAAUGAACGUUCUGGAUAUUGAAAAUUCAUCUUGGAGUGGUGGUGAGUCAGAUAAGAAACUUAAAUAUCAUUUUAAUUGUAUUAUGGAGGAAAUAAAAAAUGAUUCUAGUAUGGAAAAAGAAAAACAAUUUCAAAAACUGUUGAUAGAAUCUGGGAUAGUAUAUUACACUGGUCAAUUUGGAAGCAGAAAAACAGCUAAAAUUCUUCGUGGAGGUUGUGGUAUAAAGAUAAAUUCACAAAGUCUCGUUAUAGAAUGGGAAAUGUUUGUGAAUAUUAUGUCGAAGAGUGAAGAGGCUCUCAUUGAAAUUGAAGCCUUAAAUAAAGAAGUAAAAAUUAAAAACAUCAUUAUUAAUUUAACAAAGGAAGGAGAAGAUAAACUGCUUAAAUAUUGUGUUGAAAAUCUCAAAAAGAUUGUAAAAUUUUUUGAACACUCCUUGAACUAUGAUUUUUACAAAACAGAAUAUGAUAGAAUGACAUAUAAUGUUGAUUUUCAGGGACACACAGGAUAUGAUUUGCUUAACUUGGCUAAUAACCUAGCUCGAAAUUUGUAUUUGGGUAAUUUUCAGAAACGCACAAUCGAGUUCAAUUCUUUGGAUAAGAGAAUUAAAACAUUUGAUACAUCUCCUUUUGAAAGUGAACAAAGUAACAUCCUUGCAAAAGCAGGAUUUAUCUACUCAGGCGUCUCAGAUACGAUCACUUGCCAUUGCUGUAAUCAAAGUUUAUUUGGGAGGUUUGAAGAUGAUUCCGAGUCUGUAAUGAUUGCACAUCACAGCAGAUGGAAUACCGACUGUCAAUACCUUACCAAAAAUAUCCAGUUUCUGAAUAUGACACUUCAUCAAGGAAUCCGUACCUCCCCCCGGCUCUUUCGUCAAUAAUAGAAAGAGAAACAUAUAGUCUAACCAAAAUUCAGAAUAAAGAGUUAGCAGCUGAAUUAGCCAAAUCAGGAUUCGUUGCUAUGUCAGAAACACUGAAAGACAUACUAGUGGUUUGUACGAGUUGUCACUACGAGCAAUGUGUGCAUGAGGGCGUUAGUGAAAUAAAAGAUCUACAAAUAAAUCAUAUGAUAUGGUCUGGCAAAGAUUGUUCAUUUCUUGUUGAAGAAAAAGGUGUUGCUGCCAUCAGAAACUUUUUGCGGGAACGUGAAAUUAAAGUUCAAUACAGAUCAUCAAUUAUAUUUGAACCCAUCAUGAUGAAAAGAUAUCCGUAA